GAGUCAUCAUCACAUUCUCGUUGUAUUCUCACGUAAGACGGGUUCUAGACGUCAGCUACAAUCAACUAGUACUUUACUUCAGAUACCAGUGAGGACGUUUUCAAUAUUUUCAAGGUUAAAAACCCACCACACACACAUACACGCAGUGAUCAUAGUGGGCACAUGUCCACCUUCCCUAAUUUUACACCUGAGCAACUGACUGUCCUACUUCUCACCAGUUGGUUUUUUUCUGUUUGUUUAAAGUUUAGUCUUGUGCUGUGUCUCAGUCGGAGUGCUUUAGCUGAAUCUUUGUCUACGCACAGUGAGGAACAAUUUGAAAACAUGAUUCGAGGAUUAUUCAUAGUCAUAAGUAUUAUUGAUUUGGUGUUUGCAGCUGAAGCUAAUAGUAUUACCAGUGACAACGGUGUUGGUAAUGCCUUACAGAAGAAAGGGAGAUUUAUUUCUUUCAACAAUGAAGAAGGAGAAAUCAAACUUGAACUUGAUUUUGCCAUUCCUUUUAUGAAAAUCCCAAUCAGUAACAAAAAUGCAGGACACCUUGUACACCCGACGUUGAAUGUCAAUACAAGGGGGCUUGUUACAGUCGGAGCGAUGCUAUUCCUUUUUGUCACAGUCGUGCCUAAAAUUGUCAAGUUGUUUAUCCCGCACGCUGAAACGACUACGACUGAGAGUCUAGUGCCAUUGAUGAGGAGGGUCGAGGAAGCGUUGCAAUCUAUGGAUAUAUCUUCAACAGAAUGUUAUCAACGUGCUGCCUGUUGGGUUGCUGGAAAGACUCCUCUUGUAAACUCCGAGUGGCUAGAAACCAUGAUAGAAAAUGAAGCUGUUCAAGAGGCCAUUAAUAGGGGAAUGGGAGGUGUGGACUGUACCUAUUACAAAUGCCCAUUAUCAAUGAAUGUAAUAUCUCAAAUGUUCAAAGCUGGCCGCCAGCUGCUUGUCUGAUUUGGAACAAUAUACUACUGUAAACAAUUAACAAUGUGUUUUAAUUUCCAUAAAUAGUAAUACUUAGUCAACCAAAAGAAGGCUGAGAUGUACCUUAAGUAACCAGUGCAUGCUGCUCCGACACGAUAUCUUCCACGACGAUGCACAUACCUUAUACACAUGUGUAUGUAGAUAAGACCUAAUUACCUCCGCUAUACACCUUCCUCAGAAGGCCAUAGUAUUGUUAACCGCGAUCCUACGUUCCAUUCACUUUCCUCUCUUACGGAUUCAAUCAUUCUCAUCCUAAAGCUCAAAAUUCACCUAACUAUCCUCCUAGAGACCUAUCGACCUUCUUCCUGUUGUGUCUAAAAUUCACGAAAGACACGCGACAAAAGAAUCAUGCCUUCUCAUCGAUUCGGCAACGUCAGAUUUCAGAUCGUUAUAAGCCGACAUCCCACAAGGGAGCAUUUUUGGUCUAAUCGUGUAUACCAUAUCGAAAAUAAUACAGACGAUGAAAGAACAAAUCUGCUUUACAACAACAACUGAAUAACUGAAGACCAACUAGUUGAAAUAAUAAUCAACCCAAUUUCAGCCAUACUGCAGGAAUAUUUUGGUAAAGCUUCGAAGAGAAAUUACGACAAAACACAACAUCAAACAUUCACUCUACCUCAGAAUUGGUUCACAUGGAAAUAUAAGGAGAAGUGGAAAACUGAUAAGCAGAUUAUUACAGUUAGACAAAGUAAGACUCAGAAAAGUGACAGGUACCGGUCAUCUAAAGAAAGAUACAUGAUCAUAUGCAAUGAUGAUCCCAUUGGAAGGUUAUGCAAUGAGGAGGAAGAAACUGCCCAUAUUAUCUUCUAAUGCAAUGAAGACCAGGGAAUUUCAACAAAGUCAGUCAAUGAUCUUUUUUUUAAGAAGGAUCGAAUCCGUGAAACAGAACUAAAGAAUUGGUAAAAGUGCAAUAAGCAAAAAUGAUGCAGUAUUUGGUAAUACCAAAGCCCCGCUUGUUUCAUCAUCACCAGGGUAGUGAUAAGGUUCCUUACCGGUCACUGUCAUCUCAGAAAACACCAACUCAGCAAUGAGUAGGAAGAAACUGUCCAUAUUAACUUCUAAUGAAAAGCUACCAAUGGGGACACAACUUAAAGUACCAAGAAGACCUAAGAAAAAUUGCAGCUAUGACAAUUACUUCUUUUUAAAAGCAAAGAUUGGAUCAGUUGAACUGAACUAAAGAACUGGUAAAAAUACAAUAAGC